CAAGAGCAAGAGCAGGAGCUUGUGGCGAGAGAGAGGCGCCGCGUCAGCUGGGCGGGAACAUUUUGCUCCGCCAUUCUUACACAUUAAUGCCUGACAUGUGAGGCCGCCACGGAAAGGAAGGACAGGAUGGCUGAGGAACAAAAUCGAGCUUCGUCUCACGGCCAUCCGUCUGUGGACCAGCUGCAGCAGGAGCUUCAUGCUAAGGAGCUACUACUGGAAGCCCUGAGGUAUGAAAACAACAGUCUGCGGGAUCACAGUGACCGCCACUAUGACCCAACACACUCCCAAGACUGGAAGAGCUAUGACACCCUCAAGAAGAAGAUGGUGGAGUACCAGACCGCCUUGGAGCAGCGCGACCACAUCAUUGGUCAGUUGGAGGGAGGCAUCAAGCAGCUCAUGCAAAAGAACUUGGAGUCAGAAGCUAAAGGGAGGAAAGCUGAGGAACACUACUCUGGAGAGAUUCAGACGUUGGCCCAGCAAGUGCAGGAGCUGACGGCACAGCUUUCCCUCACAUCCUACCAGCACCAGGCCAACAUGAGGGCCGCCCAGGAGCACUUCAACCAGCAGCUUGCCGCCUCAAAGGAUCACAUGAGAGUGACACACGAGAGAGACUUAGCAGCCGUGAGGGAGGAACAUGCCUUGAAGAUGCAAGACAUGACCCUUCAAAUGGCAGCUCUUGAGAGGUGCAAGAAUGAGGAGUCUGCCAAACUAACGGAACAGCUCACCCAACACAGCAGCACUCUCGGGGCCCAGCUGGAGGAGGAGAGGGAGAAGGUGGCAAGCCUCCUGAGGGAAAAAGAGGAGUGGGAGGUCUACAAGAAAGAGCUGGAGGCUGAGGUUGAGGAAAAGGAAACUCUUAGAAGAUGCCUGGAUGAAGAAACUGCUUCCAGAGAUGAUCUUCAGGACAGAUUGAGGAAGCAAGCCGAGAGACAGAUGAGGAAUGAAGAGAGGAUGCAUAGUCUCCAGAAGGUUACAGAAGGGCUGUCGCAGGAUCUCAAGGUGGAGAUGGAGAGGAAGAAGGAAACAGAAGCCAAGUUACAGAAGGAAAUACAGAACGCUAGGAAGCUCUUUGAACAGAAAACUGCAUUCGAGGUCAAACAGGAACAAGUAACCCUUCAACUCCGUGCAGCUGAGGAAGAACUUGCCAAUGUGUUAGCUUCUAAGGAGGGUGACUAUAGGAAACUGGAAGCUCUUAAACAGGAAGUAGAAAGAUUAACUAAGGAAAACGCAGCUCUCUCUAAAGCUCGGGAUGUGUUGAUAGAAGAAAAAAAUGACUUGUGUUCAGUAAAAGAAACUUCAGACAGGGAGAAGGAGAGUUUAUCAUCAGAGAAACGGCAGUUAACCAAAGAAAAUUUAAGUUUAGCUUCGAAAACCGAGUCACUGACCAAGAGAAUAGAAGAACUAACCUUACAGUGUCGGUUAACAAUCAAGGAAAAAGAAAUAUUAGAUUCAGAUUAUAAAAUGUUGAAGAAAGAAAAAGAAGCUCUCACCAUGGAAACCAGCAGAUUGGUGGAAGCUUAUAAGUCACUGGAAAGGGAACAAGAUGACUUAUUGAAGGAAACAGAGGUACUGACCAAAGCCAAAGAGUCGCUCAUCACGGAACGCAACGGUUUAUUGAGUGAGAAAAGAGACUCGGACAGGGAGAAAGAUUUGUUGAUGAGGGAAAGUGAAAUUUGGGCCACAGAGAAGGAAGCAUUGCUCACAGAGAAAGACAACUUGAUUCUAGAAAACAAAAGCUUGGUUUCGGAGAAGGUUAAGUUAGUUGAAGAGAGAGAUUCCCUAACCAUGAAAAUUGAGAGUUUGUCCUCAGAGAAAGAGAACUUGAUCCUUGAAAACAAAAGCUCGGUUUCAGAGAACAUGAAGUUAGUUGAAGAGAGAGAUUCCCUAACCAUGAAAAUUGAGAGUUUGUCCUCAGAGAAAGAGAACUUGAUCCUUGAAAACAAAAGCUCGGUUUCAGAGAACAUGAAGUUAGUUGAAGAGAGAGAUUCACUAACCAUGAAAAUAGAGAGUUUGUCCUCAGAGAAAGAACUGAUAUUGGGUGAUAAGAAAGUGUUGUUUGAGCAUAUGGAGUCUUUAGGAGCAGAGAAAGAAAAGCUCAUGAAGGAAAAAGAUGAUUUGGUUGGUGAGAAGCAUUCCUGGGCAGAGGAAAGGAAGGCAUUGCUUCAGGAAACCGACAUUUGGGCCACGGACAAAGAAAUGUUGCUCACAGAAAAAGAAACAUUGCUCACUGAAAAAAAAUCCAUACUGGCCGAGAAGGAAACAUUGGACGAAGAUAAACAAAACCUGUCUCAGCAAAUUAGAACCUUGUGUAUAGAAAGGGAAGCUUGGAUUCAAAAGGAGCAAGAACUUAACAAGAAAAAUGAGUCUCUAGCUACAAGAAAUGAGUCUUUAGCUAAGGAGAGCAGCAGUAUGGCUGACGCAAAGGUACUUCUGUUGCGGGAGAAUGAGAGUUUGUGCCAAGAAAAUAAGAAACUAACUCAAGAAAAGGAGAAUUUAAUGACACAGCUGAGGAUUUUAGGCGCCGAGCAGGAACGUUUGCUGGAGCGAGUUGGGGGUCUUAGCAACAAGGCGGAACACACAGACGCUGGGAUAGAAAAUUUGCUUCCCCGGAUUGGUGACUUACAAAGAGAGAAGGCGGCUCUUGCUCAGUGUGGGACGCAGGUAAUGAUGGACUCGGGAGAAACGGAAGUGACGGAGGGGCAGGUGGAGGAGUGCGCUGGCGUGGAGGCAACUGGGUGGAAGCUUGAAAAGUGCACCCAAACUGUGGAGCUGAAGGAGGGGCAGGUGGAGGAGCGUGCUGGCGUGGAGGCAGCUGGGCGGAAGCUUGAAAAGUUCACCCAAACUGUGGAGCUGAAGGAGUCAGACUUGAGGGACCUUGGAGACAGCUAUAAGGAAAAGUACUUAUUAAAGGAACGUGAACUUCAAGAACUGGAUAAAACACUCAAGGAUAAAUUCUCCCAUAAAGAAAGAGAACUUGAGGAGAUGCACAGAAAGUUCUCCUUGGAAAAAGACAAUGAGUUAAGGGAGCUUAGAGAAGAGAUUACCUGUAAGGAGAGUGAGCUUCAAGAGCUUAGAAAGAAACAGAAGGGAAUGGAAGAGCUCCAUGGAAACUGUCUUAGCUUGCUUGAGCGUCUACAGAGUGGAGAGCAGGAGAGGAAGAGGGUUGAGGAGGAGUGUGAGGAUAAGUGUGAGGUUUUGAACGCUGUGUUGCGGAGUGUUGAUGUGAAGCUCUGUGAAGCCACUGCUCUCCUCUCCCAGCAGAAGACCGGAGCUGAGCCUCGGAAAGACCGCUUACAGAGGAGCGACACAGAGGACGAGGAGGUGGAAAGAACGACCCAUAGAGAGAAGCUUGACUAUAUCGACGGGAGGGGAGACGAAAGUGGGAGAAGGGAAGGCGUUUUGAAGGAUAAACUUACACUGUUGGAGAAAGAGAAAAAGGAGCUUUGUAAUGAGGCCGAGAGACUGGAGAGCAAGAUCCAUGAGCAGCAUUUCAUCAUAACUUCCCUGCAGAAUGAAAAAGUGAGACUCGGACAACACAUCUCUCACCUGGAGGAUGAACGGAAAUCCUUAAGGGCAGCAGAAGCCUCAAAAUCUAAGGACAACCUAAAUACACAAGAAGAACUGAUUGCCUUGAGGGUGAAGGUUAAAGGUCAAGAGGAGAAGCUCGAACUACAGGGAAGGGAGAUCAGAAAGUUCCGUCAGACCCUCACGGAGUUCAUUGCGGGAGGCGGAGAAUGUCCCGAGAAGCUCCGAGGUAUUUUGACGGAACUUCUCUCCUCUAAUGUAGGAGAGCCUGAAAUUCCCCUGGAACGCGUUGAUGUGUCUCUGUGGCUGACCAUGUUAUGCCAAGAUCUUGAGGAGCAUUGGAGACACCAGCACGCUUACCUGGAUUGCCUGGCUACCCUCCAACAGCACUCGGAUAAACUACAGCAAGAUAAGCUUCAAACGGACCUGGAAAACAUCUCCUUCCAAGCCGAACUGGACCACCUCAGGCAGCAUAAAACUCGCGUCGACCCAGGAGUGGAGGAGAGGCUGGGCGCGGCUACUGACGGGGGUGAUGAUAAGGCUUUGGAGUUGGUCAAGGUGGAGCAAGAGAACAGAUUGCUGAAGGAGUGCCUGGCCAGUAACAAUGUUUUACUGAGGCAUGAAAAGCUGCAGAAGCUGUGCCCAAGACCAAAGUUUGAGAGAGAAUUAAAGCUGCGUUUGGUGGAGCGCCGGGCCGUCAUACAGGUUGUGGAGGAGUGGGUGGAACGCUUCACGGCCCAGUGGAAGGUGGAGGCUGAGACUCACCCCUCCCUGGCAAGAUUUACCGAAGCCUUAACCUCCUGUGUUGAAGAGCUCAGCACCCAUCUCCUAGGAACCCACAGUGAUAGCAGUGCCAUGAACAUAGAAGUUGCAGCCAGUUCUUUGCAGCAAGCAGUUAUCAAGGUUGUGAGUGGGGCGUACCAGGAGACCGUGAUUGACACCUUAAAAUCUCUCGAGCAAGACCUUAACCAGUCCCUGCAACACAUAUCGCAACCCCCUGAGGUGAACCCUGGUCAGAAACAUGCUUCGAACGCUCCCGACCAGCUGCCUCCUCAGAACACUUCCCCUCCCCAUGAAGAACGUUUCUCUCCCCCAAAAGACGUUUCUGGGGACUCUCACAGCUUCUUCCAGGAUCUGACAGCCAGAGUGGAGUACCUCAUCAAUGUCAGAACGACCCUUGUGGACGCAGCUAAUGAGCUUGAUGAGGAGCUGGAGGAUACCAUCGGGCAGCGUGUAGCUCUACUGAGGGAGCAGCUGCAGGAAAUGUUGUGUUCCAGGGAGGCUAACACAGAACACGGACCCUGUCUUCCUGUUAUCCCUGAGCACAAGGCCUUCAUUCAGGAAUUCACCGAGUUUACCGCGCAAGUGUCCCAAGAAGCCCACUCGGAGAAGGUUGAGGUGCUUAGAAGUCAACAAGAAAUGCUCCACAAAAUCCUUGAGGACAAUCAGGCGAAGCUGGGGAAGGUGUGCCAAGCCUUCCUGGGCAGUGUGCCGGAGCUAACCAAUUUGGAAGAACUCGAGGGUAAGGUCCGGGCACUAGUGGACAGCCUGGAGGGCACAUUGGCGCAGGAGGUGGUCUGGGUUGAACAGCAAUACAAGGACCUUCUGGAACAGUAUAUUCAGGAGCAGGAUGUCAACAACCAGGCGUGUACAAGGACCUACAGCCGACUCAUCGACUCUCUCACCCACCUACUGCAGGCUGCUGAGGGUGGUUCAAGGGAGCAGAUGGAGGAUAGUUCAAGUGAUGUCUGUCAGCUGCAACAGAAUCACUUGGAUAAGAUUCAGCACCUUGAGACUCAGCUUGCUGCCAAGGAUCAGGAGGCCCUGUGUGGGUCAGCCGAGGAGGGCAGGUCACUCCUCCCUGAUGCCUCUGAUAUACUUUCUUUCCCUCUGCAGCAGCAUCUCCAAGGCGUCUACAUCGAAAGGGACUGGUACAAGAAGACGGUUGGACUUCUCUCGCACGUGACGUUCCAGCUUUUACACUACUACAGGGUGGCAGAGAGUCUCACCGGCCAGCCCCAGCAAGACCCCUCCUCAUCCCCUCACCCUGCCGACAUCUCCAGUCCUGGCAAGAUGGUGGAUCUGUCCUUCCGGUCGGACUGUGUCGGGGAGGAGGGGGAAAUGCUGGCCUUCAGUGAUGAUGGAGUGUUGGCUACUGGGCUUAUGGGAAGGACAGCUUUUAUUAGUGACGGGGAGUCUGAAGAGCCUGAGUCAGCCCUGGACAGCUCAGUGGUCAGUGAGGGCAUGCUGGAUGACUUUGACAAGGAUGAACAGCUGCGCGCCCUUCUGGAAAGGUCAUACCCUCAACUCAUGGCCAUCCUAAGGGGCCGGGUUGACAUGGUACAGGUGGCCAGUCUAGAGAAGGAGGUUCAAGAACUUACCAUCUCCCUUCAGGCCUCGGCAGGGAUGCUUAAAAUAUUUAUCCAUUCAGUGUCCAGCGACAGAAUCAACUCAUCUACACACACCUUGAAGGACGAGGGUCAGGAGGAGAGUAUGCAAGACUCCGCCCUGGAAACAAGUCACUCCCAACCCAGCCAAGAAAACAGCGAUGCAAAGGAUGUGUCGCUGACCUCCUGUGACCCUCUCAGCGCUGCGCAACAAGCUACAAAAGAUGUCCGUCCCCCAAGACCAACACUGCAGGGAGACCUUAGUACCAUAUCCGAGGGCCUAAUACAGCUGCUAUCCCAAGAAGAAGCCCUGGCAAGCUUCACCAUGUUAGCCCCUCAGGACCCUCAGAAUAAGGAGCAGCUCAGGGCAGUUCUGUGUCAGCUGUGUGAGGCUGCCCAGGCCACAGCCAGCCUCAAACUGGAGCUCCAUCACACUAAGGGUUUGCAGCAAGGCUUGGAGGAGGAACGUCUCACCCUGCAGGAGGAGGUUGCCCGCCUCACUCACUAUAACAAGAACUUGGCCCGGGAGCUUCAGGUACUGAAGGACAGACUAGAAGAGGCAGAGGGCCAGGAGAACCAGAAACCCAUUUCAAAGUACGCUGCCAAAUGGGAGAGUAAAAAGGACAUCAGGGAGAGAGCAUCCGCGGCCCUCACAGCCAAGAAUGCCAUCCAUCUGGGCCAUGAACAGCUGGAGGCAAGGGUUAGGGAGCUUGAGGUUCUCUUGGAGGAAGUUGUGAAGGAGUCAGACACAGCCCUUGAGGUCCUGAGAGCAAGGGAAACAGACCUCACCCAGCAGCUUGAAGUGGCUGAUAGGCAAUUGAAAUCAGCCCGCCAGUUCCUUGAGGAGCACGCCAGUGAGCGCGACCAAGAAGUGGAGGAGCUUGUGGCUGUACGGGACAAGCUUACCAUGCAGGUGCGGGAACAGGAGGCCCAAAUAGCCCUUCAGGGAACCAGGGAUAAGGAGGUCGAGAGCUUAGAACGACAGUUGCGGGAAAUGUGUGAGGAGCUGCAGGAGGCUUUGUGCAGUAGAGAGGAGUUGCAAGUUGAAUUCAAAUCCGCCAAGGACAAGAUUUUCGACCUUCGGGAAAUCAUCCAUUCGCUGGAGUCACAAGCAGACUGCCGAUGUAUGAAGGAGGCAGAGCUGGCCAAGCAGGUGGAGACUCUGAGCGAGGCGUUGGCCCGCGCGCAGGAGGAGGUGCAGCGUCUGGCCGGCAAGGUGGAGGAGUUGCAGCAGGGCGGGGUGAAGCAAGCCAGGGAGCCAAGGACAGACAAGGCCGCCCAGAGUGUCUCGGGGGAGGAUGGGGAGAGAGAGCGAGGCUUACGUCGAAGCACAUCUCUGUUAUCUGAGCUGCAGGAGGAUGCUCUCUCUACUUCUGCAAUGCUCCAGCGAAUUGAAAAAUGCCUCGGGAACACUACAAGAGGUCUGGAGGCCUUGCAGCUGUCUGGCUCAGUGGAGGACAUCUCUGCCCAGGAGGUGGAGGUCUCGGUUGUCGGGGCUGAGGGCAGAAUCUCCCCGGCCACUGUGGACCGGCGUUUAGACAACCAGCUGAUGGCCCUCGAGCACACCACGGAAGCUGCAAUCAAGCGUAACAAGGACCUUCAACUCACGAUUAAGAACCUUCAGAGAGAAAACGAAGAGGUGUCCGCUGAGAGAGACACGCUUCAGGAACGGUCAAAGGAACAAUUGGUUAAGAUUUCGAGGCUUGAGGCACGGCUGGACGAAGUGAGGCGUGCUGACCACCCUGCUGUUUCUGAGUUAAGGCAGCGGCUGGCGAUGCUGCAGGAAGACCUGGAGGCUAAGAGGGCAGAGCUUACAAAGAAGGGCAGAGAGGUGGAGGAGCUGAAACACUCCCUGUCUAACCUUCGUGCGCAGCUGACCAGCCGUGAGGGGGAGCUCCAGCACCUGCAGACUGCCUCCACCCCACAGCCCACCACCCUGUCACUCACUGCUCAAGGCAAUAUUUGUGCCCCGAGUUCUCCCCAGGAAGAUAACUUAGAACAACAGACUCACACCACAGAGACUGCUAAGCAGGAGGGCACGGAAGUCGAGCAGAAGUCCUCCCUCUCUCCCUUGGCUGUGGAUCUGAUCAAAGAAAAAAAUGCCGAAAUCUCUGAACUGACGAACAAGCUGACGGUCCUGGUGUGUGCCAUCCAGAAGGUUGACUCACUUCUCAGGGAGGGAGGGAGCCCCGCCCUGGCCCAGAAGAUGCUUUUCAAUGCGCUGAAUGGCGAGGUUGCUGAGGGACUGAACGAGACUGAGGAGCAGGAAAUGCUGAGAGACGGAGCACCAGAGCAGAGUGCCAUCUGGACCCGUAAUAUCGAGGGAGCGGCAGCAACGGAAGUGUCUCCAGACCUGCUGCAUCAGGCCAGUUGGGAGGCGGAAGGGUCUGUUCACACGCGGCCCCUCGCUGACUCCUCUCUCAUGUCAACACGGACCGUCCCAACUUCAGAACUGUCACAGAAAACAGCCUCCCCGGACAGCACAGGAGCCGUCACCGUGCCCUGGGAGGUGUACGAGGCCAUGUGUUGCUCCGCUUUGGAAGUCCCAGUGCUUAGAGGACACAUCAAAUUGUUAAGACAGGAGAUUCAAAGCCUGACUCAUUAUCAGACUCACCUUGAGGAGGACUUUAGGUCAGCCCAGGAGCUGCUGGAGGCCAGGGAGGCGGAGAUCCUGCAACUCUCCGACGAGGUGGAGGAUUCACCCCCAGUGCCCCUCGCCACCUCUGUGCACUCCCCCGCCCUGGAGCUUAAGGUUGAGCAGCUCCAGCAAGCCCUUCAUGAAGUCCACAUCGGCAAGGCAGACUGUGAGGCUCGACUGGAACAACUAUCUCUGAAGAACAAGUUAUACAGUGAAGAGAUAGAACAGCUUGAGGGUACCGUUGAGGCUCUCAGGCAGGAGGCUCAGCAAAGUGCAAGGGAACUCAAGGAGAAGGAGGCCUUGCUGCACGCACUGAGGCAGCAGGUUACGGACAACACUCAACAACAUGAACAGCAAAUGGAGGAUGUGAGCAGCAGGCUGAGGGGGUCCAAGGCUGAAGUAAUCCAACUGUCCUCGGCCCUGCAGGGAAAGACUGAUGAGGUGACGCGGAUGACGGCCCAGCUGGAACGUGUGCAUGCUGACCUCAAGGAAAGGCUCACACAAUCCAGCAGGGAGGCGGCAGAAAUGGACGAGCAGUUCCAGCAGAAGAUAUCAGACUUGAGAGACGAACAUGCUGCAAGAGAGAAGGAGCUAUGCAGUUACUAUGAGGAACACAUGGCCAAGCAGAUAAGAGACUUGGCAGAGCGCAUGAGCAAGGACAAGGUGGCGGCCAUGGCAAGGCAGCAGGAGGUGUUUGAAGCUGCACUGCAUAAGACCUCGCAGGAGAGAAGCCAGUCCAGGGAUGACCCAGAACAGCCUUCAGCCUCUGCAUCACCAGCACUGCCAAUGUUGUCUCACUCACAUUUGGCAGACCAACAAACAGCAGGUCAGCUCUGUGCCGCUGUUGAUGCUCUCACCGCUGGGUUGAAAAAGGAGCUGGAAAAGUCAGGCCAGCUGGACCAGUCUGUGGCCUCCCUCAUGAAGGCCGGGGCAAGUGGGGAAGCCACCCGAGCCUCCAGUGCCCUCUCUGAUGCCAGUGAGGGAGAGGAGCCAGCCUCCAUUAAUGGGCGCAUUCAGCACCUCAUGAACAAAAUCCACAGUGAAGGCAUUGAGGUGUUGACGCUGAUUGAUGUCUUAUUCCUGUUCAAACACCAUACCAAAUUGGACGGGAGCCAGCACUCUCUGAUCACCAGCAGCAGCGUCCUGGGUAACCUGCCUAUGGAAACGGGAGAAGUCGGAGCGGACCAGUCUCGUCUCUUACGCAACCUGGCAGCUGUGGAGGAGGAGUUAGCAAAAAGGGAACAGGAGAUGAAAAGGCAAAUUGGGGCGCUGGAGUUCCAAUUGGAGCAGGAAAAGCUGUCUGGUAGUGAGUGGAAGCUGUCUUAUGAAUCCGAGAAGCAGCACACUCGAGACCUCAUGGAACAGCUGCGCAAGGAGAGGCUGUCAGGAGUUGAGCAGGUGUCCGAACUCACCCUUCUUCGCUCCCACAUCUUCAUCCUUCGUCUCCAGCACCAGAAGGUUCAGGAGGAAAAUUGCAGCUUGAGCGAGAAUCAGAAGGAGAGGAACAAACAGAUAGAGAGUCUUCAGUCUGCCCUGCAAGCCGAGCGCAACAACUUCAGCUGUGUGUCGAAGGUUCUGAGCGAGGAGAGGAAGGCGUUUGCCCUCACUCACACGCAGCAAGAGAACAUCAUCAAGGACUUACGCAACACUCAAGAGAAGGAACGAGAAAGGUUCAUGGCCCUGCGCACACACUUUGAAAGGCUGUCCACUCAACAUCACACUGAGCCCCCAGCCACCCCUACCCCAACCAUACCUCCCACCCUCAGGCAGAUGGGUACCCUAAGCAAAUCCACCAGUGAGGACCUCAAGAUACAGCUUGCGGUGGAGAGGGAACGCUGCGUCGAACUGGAGAGAGCCUGUGAGAGGGAAAGGCUCCGAGCAAUGACGCAGAAGGAACAGGCAACGACAGAGAGGGCACGAGCCAGGGCCGAAAUGAGAGAGACGGAAUGUAAACUCUCCGAGCUCACACGAACGGUCCGCAGCCUUGAGACAGAGAAGGAGAGGCUGGUGAGACAGAUGAGUCACGAGCGAGACCUCAUCCAGCACCAGGACUCCCACAUCAAAGAGCUGGAGGGUGAGGUGAAGAGGCUGGAAGCAGACUCCAAGGCGCAGUCCGAUGCUCACCAGGCAAUGACUCAGAAGAUGAGAGAGGAAAGCUCCCAGCUGCACCUUGCCUACACUCGUACCCUCACCAAGCUGGGUGAGAUUGAGGCGGAAACGUGUGACCUCCACCACAGGCUGAGGGGAACGGCCCAUGAGCUGCAGGUGGCCAGGGAGCGAGAGGAACAGCUCAAACAGGAUCUCCACACGGAACGAACGGCCGUUGACCAAUUGGGUUUGUCGGCUUUCUCCAGAAUAACCAAUUUUGACAAGUGUGCCGAGAUGCAGUUAAAACAAAACCUUGAACUCAGCAAGUCAGUUUUGAGGCUGACGGACGAUCAGCGAGGCAUGAGGACACAGAUUGCUGAGCUGGAGGACACCAUAACCUCCCUCAACCAGCAGCUGCUCAGCGCUCAGGAAGUUGGUGCCAAGACAAGGGAGGCUCUGAAGAUGGAGAGGUUAGCUUGGGAGAGAGAGAAGGCUGCCUUACAAAACUUCCAGAACCAGUUUGAAGCCGAGGCGGAGAGAAUGAGAGCUGGAAGAACCAUGCAACGAAGGACUCCGAGUGCAGCUGAGAUGAUGCAGCUCUAUGGGCAUUACCUGCAGAGCGAACACCAGCGCAAGGCCUUGGUGUGGCAGAAGCGAUACUUGUUGGUGGUCAUCAAAGGCUACAGCGACACAGAGCACCACACUCGCGCUCGCCUCACCGCCAUGGCGCCACUCCACCUCUUCCCUUCCACCACAGCGCACCGUCAAGCCAGGCAGUCCGGAGGGAAGUUCAGAGUGGCAGGGUUUGUGGUGGUGGCAAUGUGCAGGAUGAGAAAGUUAGUGCAGCGUUUCCAGAAAAAAAUACAUCACUGGGAGAUCUCAUUUAAUGCUGCCCUCAGUGCUGCGUCCACCCCAGACAGCAGUCGGCCACAAUCCUGUAACAGUGUAGCAGGUGGUAGGGAGGCCUGCCCCCUCUUGCCCCCAGUGUGUAUUGAGAUGAGUCAGUCACACUACACAGGGCUAACACCACCCACACGGGGGCCAACAAACACCACUCCUAGGCCUCUUUCUGCCUCUCGAAGGAGUCUUUUCCAGGAAGACUCCGACCAACUGAACCAGUAUGUUGAGCGGCUGGACAACAUCCACUCAGUGCUUGGACUCACCCACAGAAAGCAAUGAUUUAAGGGGAGGCGUCGCAUGGAAGGGAAGUGUUGGUCCAAACAACAAUUUUCUAAUAGCGAGGGCACAAAAAAGUUCCACAAGCAGCCCAUUUCAUGUAGGAAAUUGGUGGAUGUAAGACACUAUUUUCAUGGAAGAAAAUAUAUAUUAUUUUUGAGUGAACCCCAGCGUAAAUUUGUUCAUUUUUAGCAGCAUAUUUUCUACGUGAUAUCCUUCUGUUCACCAUAAUACCAAACCAUCAUUUUAUAUUACAUUGAUUCCUCACUCGUCUCUGGACAAACAUCAGGCUGAAUCUUGACUAAAGUUAUUGCAAAUUGGAGUUAAAUCAAUUAUUUUUAACAUAUUGAAAUACUAAAGAUAGCUGCUUAACCCCUUUCCUUACUGCGGCCCCUGAUGAUAUAAACAAAACAUCCCCUUGCAGUUCCGCAGCUUCCGUGCCCUUGCUCUUCACGUGAAGGUAUCUUACAAAACCACUCCUCCUCACUGCUGACGGCAUAUCUGCACUGGUAACACUGUCAGCUAGUUUCACUGUCAUCCAGCACUGUUCCAUGGUCACAAGCUAAGUCACACUCAUCUGGAGGGUCUUCUAAUUAACUUUACUAUGUCUCGUGGUUAACCCAGUAGCAGCGGGGAUCAUGUUUCUUAAUGGUCCCUCCAAGCGAGAAAAAUGAGAAAAAAUCACCCCUCACACAAACCAUUUCAUAAUAUAUAUCAAAGCAUUUGUGAUCGGAUUAUGCAUCAUCUAUUUUGGGGGUUUAUAUCAUGGCACAAAUUUGGCCCGUCGCUGCUACACGGGUUAAAAUCUUCAUUGCUAUCAGAGGGAGGAGAUUCCAUUAUCCCCAGCAAAGCAGCAAAAUAUCGGUUGUUCCAGCUGUGACAUCAUAGAACGUGGAGGAUCUUGUAAGGUCUGGGGUAAUAAUAUCAUCCUACUUGUGCAUGGGAAAGACUCCUAAUUGCCUGGUUACUGGGUAUGACUUUAUGACAGAUGGGUGACUGUAUGUAAUAGUUCACACAUUAGUUUCUCAAGUAUGUUGUCACCACGUGGAGUCUGAAAAGCCAAGAUCCACACUCAGGGCUUGGCCAAACACGUCCAUAUACUUUUGUAGUACUUGCCUACCACACAUAUUCUUAAGGGUCUAUUACACUGGGCAAAUUUUCCGUGGGUCUUAAGUCAAACCACGAUUUCCGCUGGCGUGGUUUUCAUAUUUCCGUGGUUUUCUGAUGUGUCCAAAAUCUUCCAAAGCUACGAUAGAGUUUCUUGAAGGAUGACGGGAUUACUCACCAUCAUCAGCAGCAGCAAUGACAAGAAACAAAUGAGAACCACGCCAGCGGAAAUCGUGGUUUGACUGAAGAUCCACGGAAAAUUUGCCCAGUGUAAUAGCCCCCUUUAUAUGCCACAAGGUUGCUUAUGUGCGUGAAGGGGUUAAAGGGCAAUGAGAAACAGAAAUUUUGGGCACAUUUUUUGUAUGCAAGCAUAAUUUUUUUUUGUGUGUGAAGGGGAAAUGUUAGAGAUUUUUUAAUUUUUCACGGUAACUGACAAAAAUAUACACCAAAAUACCAUUACACACAAGUCAUAUUUAUGGGUCGGCUAAAUUAAGUAGCCAAAUAUGAUUAGCACCGAGUGAACACUUAGCACCGUAUUUUUUAAUCCAAUGGAAAACCUUGACAACUUCCACAAGAGCCUUUUUAAAUCGAUAUGUGUGUUUUAAAAGCUUCAAAGAGUUCAAGACUAUGGACCUGUGAAGGCUUGUAAAACUAACACCAGGCUCAAAUACUUUUUCUGCCAGUCCGGACUUUCAUGAAAACUCUGAAAAUUACUCGGCAAAAUUCUAUCAAACGACCUGAAGUGUUUUUUAUGCAACCCCAUACAAUAAAUAGGUGAUUCUUGCAAACCUAUAUUAUAUGAAAGCCUUUCCUUAAGUCGACCUUUGGAUAUUUUUCUUUCUGGUUUAUCUGGGGCCGGGUGAUUGGCAGCACUCGGCUCCUGCUGUGAGAUUGAAAGUUUUAUCUCGGAGUUGCAAAGCUCAACCUUUUUUUAACUUCAUAAUUAAAACCGUGCCAUUUUAGAGUUGGGUUUCGUCCUGCGUACUAGUCUAUUUAUUUAACAUGAAAGGGACUCGGAUCUUCCUUCUUUAAGUCUUAAAUUAAGGCCAGUAGUAAUUUUUGUUUAUUUGUGAUGCUGAGAAGAUUGAGGUAGAUGAUUGUUUCCGUUUGAAGGGAAUGAUCAUGAUUUAGUGUUUUAUAUGGAAUGUACAUUACCUUGCUAUUUCAUGCCACGUGUUCUUGGUGGAAGGUAGCUGAAGAUUCUUGGCAGCUUCAAGUCAUUUACUGUGAUGAGCCAGCGGAGAUAGAAGAGGCUUGUGAUACUCAGGAGAGCUGCCGGCCCAAAGAAAGGGGAAGGAAAAUGUUCUUCCUUGAGUGGGAAUUUUCCAGAAAGUUUUUCUUGUGUAAAGGAAGAAGCUUCAAGCGAGAACUUUGUUGGUUCCCCAUUGAAUUUGUUGUACCUGUGAAGAGUCUUUGAUUAUUAUAAUAAAGAUUAUAGUCUACA